AUCUGGCCGCCGCCAUUGCACUGUCCAUGGCCGAUGUGGCAGAGAAGCCACGUCAGGGCAGAAUGACACGGCAUGUCAUCGAUGCCGACAAUUCGUGCCUGUUCAACUCGAUAGCCUAUGCCUUAGAAGGACGCGCAACGGACAAAGCUCCGACACUGCGCGAGACCGUGGCUGCAAUCAUACUCUCGUCGCCAGACGUGUGGACAGAGGUGGUCCUGGGGAAGAGCCCCGAGGAGUACGCAGACUGGAUCCAAGACCCCGAACACUGGGGCGGAGGGAUCGAGCUGGCAGUCUUGUCGGACCAUUACGAAGCAGAGAUAGCCGCUUUCGACUGCCAAUCGCUGCGGGUUGAUAUCUUCGGCGAGGGCAAGGGCUAUCAGCAACGUGCCCUUCUAAUUUACGACGGCAUUCACUACGAUGUGUUGGUCCGUGAGGCUUUGCCAGGAGAUCCGGAGGAGGUGGCUCUGUUUGGCGUGGCGGAUGCCGCAGCCCUCGAGGAGGCAAGGCAGAUCGCCAAGGCCAUCGGGGACAUGGCACUUUGGGAUUUGACUGCAUUAAUGGAUGUGGAAACGAAAGUGCUCUGA